CCUGUAACAUAGCUGCAAGCCACAAGCCUGACGAAACCCUUGUGAAAUAGAUGACAACUUUCUUCAAAUUAAAAAGAGAGACGGCUCCUUUGACUCAGCUUCCCUCGAAUUUAUCUUUCAACUCCUUGGAGUUGAGUAGGAGAAGCAAUUAGUUUCCCCCCUGCCAUAUUUCUGUUCUGGAGAUCAGUGGAGCUAAUAUGAUGCCGUAUUUGGCGUCGACGUCGCUGUCGGCGACGGUAAGAGUUGAGAAAGCGACGAGCCAUCUGCUGAUGAUUCCGGACUGGACGAUGAACAUGGAUAUCUGCGACGCCAUCAAUACUGAUCCCUUGCAAGCAAAAGAGUUUGUGAAAGCUGUGAAGAAGCGUUUGCAACAUAAAAACCCAAGAGUUCAGUUUCUUGCUUUAAUGCUUUUGGAGACAAUGAUAAAAAACUGUGGUGAUUUUGUGCAUUUCCAAGUUGUUGAUCGUGAAAUUUUAUCAGAAAUGGUCAAAAUUGUGAGGAAAACUGCAGAUAUUCAGGUGAGGGAUAAAAUUUUGGUACUGCUGGAAUCCUGGCAAGAAGCAUUUGGUGGAGCUGGAGGAAAGUAUCCGCAAUACUACUAUGCAUAUGCUGAACUUAAGACCUCUGGGAUCAGGUUUCCCGAACGACAAAAAGAUGCUGCUCUUAUAUACACACCUACUGGGCAAACUUUUCACCCGCAAGUAGGAUAUGGGAUGCCCAGCAACUCUGUUGAAAGACUCAACGAAGCAAUUGAAAAUGGAAAUCUUAGUUUAUCAGACUUGAAAAACAUCCGAAGUGUUACCGAGUUGUUCAUUGAUAUGCUGCGGGCAGUGAACCCAGAAGAUCGCACGGCAGUUGAUGAUGAAGUUAUCACAGAUCUCGCCAGCCAGUGUCGCGUGAACCAAAAGAAGCUUAUGCAGCUGAUUAAUUCAACCGAGAAUGAAGAGCUACUGGGAGAAGCUCUUGCAUUGUUUGAAAAUUUACAAACUGCACUAGCAAGGCAUGAUGCCAUAGCUUCCGGGUCACCUCUGCCGCCCAAUAUAGCUCAAUCAAUUUCCAUACCAAGCCUUCCUCCUCCAUCCGUUCCUGCAAUUCAGCAUUUCGAUGAUAAAGACGAAGAAGAAGAUGACUCGUCUUCUUUAGCUCGCAGAGAUUCCAAGUUAAAAUCAGCCGGCGAUCAACUGGCGGUCUCUCCAAACCAUAGCGAUAUCACCACCCCAACUUCAACUUCCGGUGUUUCCGAAGCCUCAUCAUCUAUUGCAACCAACGCAUUAGUCCCCUUCGAUCCUCCAGCUCAUGAUACUGCCUUGAAGAAAGAAGACGACAUGAUCGAUCUCCUUAGCCUGGUUCUGUCAACCGACCUGCCUCCGCAAACUCCGUCCUCCCCUCUUCCUCAAUCGAACCAGAAUCAAAACCCCUUCUCCACUUCUCCUAAUCCGCAGCAGUAUCCUAACAACCCUCAGCCCAUCACAUCGAACGGUAACUACGCAACUAACAACGGUUACGUCGCGCCAUGGGCUCAAUCCGCAGGUUCUCAAACACCGGCACUGGUACCUCCUGCUUUUCCUCAGCAGCAGAUGAUGCCAUACCCAUAUAACUAUCAAGCUCCAUCAUGGCCUCCUCCUGGAAUCACUUCAAAUCCAUUCCUAUCGACGGCCCCUGUCCAGUAUCCGGCCAUGGCCACGCCUUCUUCUGUUCCGGCAACUCCCUUUCAGCAUCCAGCUUCUCAGUCUUCAAUGGCUCCUCCAACCUCCUCCCAGUUUCCUGCUUCGCAGACUUCAAUGGCUCUAGUUCCCGCUGCUCCUGUACCAGUUCUGGAUUCGGAUGCCAUUCAGAGGCUCAACAACUCGAUAGGUUCGAGACAGUAUUACGCAAAUCCUAAUAAUUCGAAGCAGGCGGGAUCAUCGUCGGCCCCGAAACCCUACAUCUCACCGGACAAGUUAUUCGAGGGUAUUAUAGAGUUGAGGAAUCCUGAUGGAAGUCUCAAGUCCAGAAAUGCAUCCACCCUGUGGGGCACUUCCGGCGGCGAUGGCGCCGGCAUCAAUGGUGGAAGAAAGUAGUGGUGGCUGCUGUUAUUUACAGGUGGAUAGGUAGGUAUGUGCGGAUUGCGGGGUAUCACUACAAUACCACAAAUCUGUACGUGCGAAUUCUACAGGUAAUAUUCGCUCAUAUAUAAAUCUUAGUUUUUCUCAUGAAACAGAUUUAUAUUUUGUUCAUAUAUUGAAGGAUAGUUUUUCUUGGUUUAAUUUGCUCUUUCGGUUUUUUUAAAAUUGCAUUUGAGCAGUUUCUGUAAUUUUUGAACAAUACAAAUCUGUGUAUAAGUAGUGGCAUGUUUUCAUGCAUGUGCUGCUAAUUAGGUUAUAAGCAAAACACUUUAGUUACUAUUUGCUGUAAUUAUGUAAAAUAUCAUA